AUGCCGAUGCUUACUGGAAUGUCAGGAAUCGUUCCCAUCACCGUAGUUAGGGGCGCUGGCGCCGAAUUCAUCCCGAUUCCCGAGAACUCCUGUGCUAUUGUUGCCGACUUCCAUACCACCCGCACCAAAGCCACCGAGUCUCCCACCCAUAUCACAUCCGGGUUCUACAAAAUUACCCCUGGUGCCCCACGGACAGCAGUCUACGAUUAUGAGGAGAGCAAGUAUGUCCUGAAUGGGCAGAUUGACAUAUUGGACGAAGCGACCGGUAAAACCCACCGCCUAGUCCAGGGAGAUUUCGCUUUCUUUCAUGUUGGUUCUAAAGUUCAGUUUUCUACAAAGUCAGCUGGUUUUGCCUUUUAUGUUGUGACCCGGCCCGUCCUAGUCGCACACCCCAAUCUUGAAGGUCGAGAGGAGUAG